GUCCCGCUGCGAGCCCUGCGGAUUGGAGGCGACAAUUUUGCUCCCCCGGCCGCGAUUCUCCAUCCAGAGGUGAGAUUCUUGCGAGAAAUGCCCGGCGCUGCAAGGCAGGAGCGGUAUUUCGAUCCCAGGGCUUAGAACAGAAAGAAGAGGGCAAUGGAAGGGAAAGUAUCGCAGGAUGAGAGCCGGCGAAUGGUAUCCGAAUUCUUCGUCAAGAGCUUGAAUGUGAUCCUCGGCGCGAGGAUCCCAUCCAAGUAUUUGCAGCCAGCGACGAGCUCUUCCUCCGCUAGCGCUAGCACCAACAAGAGCUUCAAUCUCGUGCUGGUGAAUUCUCCCAUGAGGAACAAAUGCCACUUGAGCGUGGUGGAGCCGAUCGUGGUGGACGUGCUGCUGCUCCAUCACGGCUCCAGUGCUUGCGCUGCGAUCGAGGACCAUGUUUUCCGGUGGAGUCCAAGCCAGCAGACCCAGCAAAGCCAGUCAUUGCUCGAGCGCUGGGUGGUACACUGCGUUCCCUGGGCGUGUCUCAAGAGCAGCGAGAAGACCACCCAAAGCCCAGAUCAUGUCACGAAGAACAAGACCGCCACCGCCAAGAAGCCGCCGCUCUCACGGCGAUCGGUGGCGGCGCCGCCACCCUCGGCCGAGGAGAAGAAAAAUCCGUGGAAGAAGGCGAUGAAAAUGCUCAGCAUCAUGCUGCGGUCGCUCUACAAUCUCACGCGGCUCCUCCCGGCUUACAGGAUCUUCCAGCAGCUCAACUCGUCCAGCUCGCGAGGAUCUCCCGGCUGCUGCCACUUUGAUCUCUCAUACAAAGUGAGGAGCACUCUCAGCGUGACGGGGCAUGGAAGCUCCGACAAGAGCCUUUGCAAGUUUAACCUCACGCCGGUGGAGACGGAGCUGGGACGGAUGUGCAUCUCGGUCAAGUACUCGGAUGCUGCCAGCGUCGAGAGAGCCAUUCAGCGAACCAACUCCAUCUUCUCGGAGAUCAUCCAGGACUACGUUGGUGGUGGUGGUGGCGAUGGUGGCGGCGGUUCUAGUGGUUCUUCCCAGAAUCCACACUUUGCUGUGAAGGAUAGGAGGAUCUGUGCUGCUACUCGGACGAUGUCGAGCAACAUACCAGCGGCUGAAGUAGCAGCAGUAGCAGCUGUGAAGCGAUCUUACAGCAGCCCUUUGAAUCCAAUCGAGCUCGAUCAACAGCAGGAACUCGUCUGUCCAUUUGCCUGCGACGACGAGCGAAAAGUCUCGAGAGACGCCGCCGCGGGUGCUCUCAUCACAGCUCUCGUCUCCGCGGUUCCAAUCGAGAAAUCUCCUCCUCGUGACAAAUGCUCACGAGCCACAGGCACUCUUCGCGAAGCUCUUCGCGAGCUCAGGAGCUAUACAGACAUAGCUAGAAAGAAAGCUGUGAAUAUUUAAAAUGUACAUAUCAACGGCCACGAUUCAAGCUCUAAGGCAAGGGUUUGAAUCGAUGGCCAGGAUUUCUAGUUCA